UGUAGUGUUUGUUCGCGCAUGGUUUUGCGUUAUUUGUAUUUUCCGCGUUUAUUUUCAGUUGUGAAUAGCAUUCUUAAGCUGUUGGAUGAUUUCAGUUACCAUCUCGACUAGAAAAAGUAUCAAUAAGUCUAUAAGAGUGGAAAUUGCUAUAUCGGCAAGAUUAAAAAAAAGACAUCACAAGGAACCACGGAACAAAUUAUAAAUAUUAGUAUAGUAAUUCUCCAAAAAGUAUAACGAAGAAUUGAACAUUAUAGUGUUAUGCAAGUGACUCACUUUUGCAAUUGAUAUAAAUUUGAAUAACUGUGUGAGAGGGCAAAUUUUGGUGUGUGUUACAUAGAGACAAAGGAAUUUUGUGAAGAAAGCAGCUGUAGAACAGUUUUGAAGAAAAUAUAUCCCUAUUUUGCCUCACAAGAGGUGCUUAAGACGGAAUAAUUUAUCGUGUGCUUACAGUAUGAUUAAAUGUCUUGUGAACUUCUAAUGUGUUUACCAAGUAGUUCACCUUGAAAGGUGCUUUUCAGCUGGUUAAUCUGACAUAAAUAAAAAUGAAAUUAUUGGAGCAAAUGCCAGUAAGGCGAUAAGAUUGAGAUAAAACUAGAAAGAAAAUGCAUCAAGAUACGCGAACAUUACAAAUUGAGAGGAUAGAAAAUACCUCGAUGAAUUCUGAUCCUCCUUCUGCAGAUACACAAGAUGACUUGGAGGAAAAUGUGGCUCUUGUGCCACGCAGGAAUGACUUUUUGGCGGUAUCUAUAGACUCCCAAAGUAACCGCAUGCGAGUCGCUUUUGGCGUACUCAUGAGACUUCUGGUGCCCAUCUUGAAUGGGGUCAUAAGAGGCUGGCAUGGAAUUCGAGGUAUUCGAGUGUUGCGCUCUUUGAGGAAUCUGCGGUCUAGUCGAAGCAUGUUGACGAAUCUUUUGGCCUUCUCGGCCAAUUCUGUUUCCAUGAGUCUCUCCUCUGUUCAGGUGGUACAUAAAAUCGAUCCUCUGCUGAAGAUGAUGAAAAUCCGACGGGGAGCCCAGCUUCCAGGCCGCAUUCCAACACCACAGUUGGAUGAGUUGCCAGAAAAAUGCGUGACUUUAAAUGUUUUAGCCGAACCACCACCAGGAAUGCCCAUCCGGGCUGAUGUGAUUUUCAUCCAUGGUCUACAUGGUUCUCAGGUGAAUACAUGGAAGCAGGGUCUCUGGGAUACUAAUGGGAAGCGUCAGAGGAUUCAACAGAAUGUUCAGCGUCCUCCAAGACCACCACUUCGUCCUCCUAAGCGUCCCCGUCACUCUCACCAAAUUCCUCCUCCUCCUCAUGUAGCCAAAAGAGCAAGGCACUACUCCAACCCUUUACAAAAUGACGAAGAGUUUGAGAAACUUUUGAGGGAAAUGUGUUUUGAGGCUCAGCAUAAUCUAGCUCAGUGCUUUAACGGGGAAUACGGGGAAUGUAGUGAAUGGGAAGAGAGAAAUUUUCCAACAUUUCGAACACGAUACUCCGAGGAGGAUGUACGAGAGUGUCCAGGAACUCCACCUAUGGUAGAAGAUGCCUCUGGAGAGCCUUAUAGCAAAUGUUGGCCAGGGGAUUGGCUACCACUGAGUUGUCCCGGAGUGAGAGUGAUAGCUCUUAAUUAUACAACGGACCCCUAUCUCUGGAGGCCAGUUUGGGUCCGGAAGCGCAAUAGAACAUCUCUAGUUGAACGCUCUAGGGAGAUGACAGAGCUCUUGAUUCAGCAUCAGGUUGGAGUUGGGCAUCCCAUUGUCUGGGUGGGACAUUCCAAAGGAGGCAUCUUCAUCAAACAGAUUAUUGUUGAUGCCUGGGAAAGUGGUCGUACCGAAAAGGCCCCUCUUUGGCAGUCAAGCCGAGGGAUUCUCUUCUACUCUGUUCCACAUCGUGGAUCUUCUCUGGCUGAUUUCAACCUUCCUCUGCUGCGUCAAUCCGUAGAACUUACAGAAAUUCAGAAAAAUUGCAAGAGCAUCUUGGAGCUCCAUCGGCGCUUCUUAGCUCUCUACAGCGGCGGACAACUGAAAAUUCGUGUCUUCAGUUUUAUCGAGACAGCCUUAACUCUUAUGUCUGUGCUCUACUUGCGAAUUGUUGGUGUGGAUUCAGCAGAUCCGGGAAUUGGAGAGGUUUGUGGCGUACAUUUGGAUCACCGUGAAAUUUGCAAACCUCGCAAUCGAAAUUGCAUUCUCUACACAGAACUCACCAAAAUGAUCAAUAAAGUCAGCUAAAGCAGAAGUAUUCUCCAAUAUUUUAGAUAUUAAGAAUUAAAAAUGUGAUUAUCUUAGAACUAAGUAGAAGAUUUUAUGAAUUGGGCGGAUUUUUAAGUGAAAAAAAGUUACCUUAAAUUUCA